AUGCAAUCAGAACUCAGUUUGAAUUUCAAGGAAGAACAAUAUCUGGUUGAUAUUGCCGGUUGGUUACAAAGGACAAAACUGGAGAAAGGAGCAUCAUCCUUGAGCAUUAUGCAAUCAAGAAAGAGUCUACUCCGGGCUCAUAUAAUUGCUUUGGUACUAGAUGCAGACGAGAUAGUAAAUGCUAAACGAAGUAUGAAACACGCUGAAGUAGUUAUAGCCAGACGAGCCGUGGAAGAGGGACGUGGUCUGUUUGUGAUUGUGAACAAGAUGGACCUUCUAAGGGGCAAAGACAAAUCAUCAUCCUAUGAGCAGAUUAUGGAGGUUGUUCAACAAGAAAUUCAAACAGUUAUACCUCAGAUUACCGGAAUCCUUGUAUUAUUCAUUUCAGCGUUAGAGGGAAGGGGCCGGACAACCGUCUUACAUCAAGUCAUUGAUACAUAUGAAAAAUGGUGUACCAGAUUAUCUACAGCUCGUCUUAACCGUUGGUUGUUGCAAAAGGUUAUGAGCAGGCAUUCUUGGAAAGACCAGGCAGCACAGCCUAAGAUAAAAUAUUUCACUCAGGUUAAGGCCCGGCCACCUACAUUUGUUGCGUUUGUGCGUGGAAAAGCCCGACUUUCUGAUACAGACAUCAGGUUCUUAACAAAGUCCUUGAAAGAUGACUUUGAUUUGGGUGGAAUUCCUAUACGCAUCAUGCAGCGUGCUAUCGCUAAGAAAGAUGGCAGUGGAACUAGCAAGAGUAUCCAUUCAGUAGGCAGAGUGGCUGAAAGGAUUAAGUCUGACAAGAGAGAAAGAGGCGACUUAGUUGAAUCAAAGGCAUGA